UGAUCAGUGAUGAAAACUUAUUUUAAUGUAUCAAUAAAGUUGAUCUUGAAGAUGAAUCCUUAAUUUUACAUUUAUGAUCACAAAAACCAAGUGAGAAAAAUGCCCACCAAAAUUUUAAAGUUUGAUGAAUCAAAAAUCGAACUUGAGGAGUAUGAUGAACCCUCAAACACCCCAAAACUGGCAGAAGAUCUUCUAAUUGCAGUGCAAAAAAACGACACCAACGAAAUUCAACAUCUCGUUUCUCAAAAUGCGAAUAUUUUAUCAUAUGAGUACCCCGUGUAUGAAUACCAAACCAUCUUGGCACUUGCUUGCAAUGACUUACACAACAUGAAUUAUGUUACCAAAGAAGUCAUCAAGAUUUUAAUCGACUUGGGAGCUAAUUACAAUGAGCCGAGCAAAAAUGACAAUUGGGAACCCCUCCACUACACUGCUCUAAACGCCAACAAAAUCAAAAUGGAAACUAUCCUCGACUACCUUUCACCAAAAGAAGUCAAUUCGCUGGUGUACUGUUCAAAACAAAUCACCAAAAAGUACCAAUUUUGUCCCAAUGUGAAAGAAAGGGAGUCUUACUCAAACAACGCCUUGAACGUUCUUCUAAAGUACGGCAAUCGCAAUAAAGAGUUUGUUCAGUGUUGCCAACUGUUAAUCACAAGGGGGAUCAAUGUGAACCAGACUGAUAGCAAUGGAGUGUCCCCUUCGGACCUAAUCUGGAAAAUACACAACAUCGAACUUGAGCAACUCCUUCGAGAUAAGACAAACUCAAAAAUCGUUGAUAACACUUUCGGGAUGAUUAAAUUGAACCAAAUUCAGCGAUUUCUCUCACUGGACAUGUCAAACGAAGACGUGAAUAGAGUAGAUGGUGGUGAUAGUGCAACGUCAAGUUGCACAAUUUUGCAACUUUGUUGUGCCAAAGGCCUGACUCCUUGUGUUUCCCGACUUUUGGAAAAAGGCGCAAACCCCAAUAAAACCAUCCCGAAAAACCCACAUUUCCCGAUUAUGAUUGCCAUCAGUGGAGACAACAAGGAAAUUGUGAAACUACUCCUCCAAAAAAACGCCGAUUUGCCCAACAAUAUUCUCCUCCACUUGCAAACUAUGUACCGAGAUGGCAAAAAUCUCGCAUCUGCUGAUAAGUACAUGAAGAUGAUUUUGAAACAUUUGGACCGAAGUGGUGGCAACACUGUUCAAAAAUAUCUGGGUUGUACCGACGAAUUGGGUCGCACUGCUUUGCACUAUGCGAUUUCCUGUGAUUACCGUGAUAAUAUUUUAGCCUUCCUGUCAUUGGGAGCGUCUUUGGUCGAAAAGGAUGUUUUUGGGAACACACCACUGGAGGCAAUGGAACCUAAAACAUUGGAAACCUUUUUCCAAAAUAACUGUAAAGUGGCACAAAACCCCAUUGGUAAAAAUAACGAGAAAUUUACUUUGACGAUUAAUUACAAGUCGUUAAUGUCAGAAACAAGUCCAGAGAGUGAUUUUCUCUACACCAUGACGAAUAUUUCACACUUGAACUAUUUGACAAAUCAUCCCGUGGUGUCAAUUUAUUUGACUAUGAAGUGGGUUAAGUUCAAGUGGUUGGUUUAUUUCAGUUUGUUUCUUUAUUUUUGUGCCUACGUGUCGUUGCUAGUGUAUGGAUUUACGUUCAGUGGUGUUGCCCAAAGUCGAGACUCGUUUCUCAUGUUUUCAUUUUUUCUCCUGUCGUUUGGAGAGGUGUUACAAGGUUUAAUUUUUCGGUUGCACUAUUUCAAACGCUUGGACAAUUACAUCAACUUGUUUCUACUUUGUGGGCUUUUGUAUAUUAUAGCUUCUGGUUGGUUGGAGACUUUGAAUAAUAGAAAUUUAUCGGUGGCUUUCUCCCUUGUGUUUCUUACUUCCACCUUGGGGAUUUUCAUGCAGUUGGGGAAUUUGUCGUUUUUUACAGUCAAAGUUAUCAUUUUGCAAGAAAUUACAAUUACGUUUUUCAAGUAUAUAGCGUUUUAUAGUUUUCCCUUGGUGGCGUUCUUCUUCUGUUUUUAUAUGUUAAAUGAUGAUAAAAAUUAUUUAUUUUUUCCUAUGCUUUACGAAACUGUGACUAUGUUUGCUGGGGAUUCCGACGCGGAGUAUCCAAGUCAUUUUAAAAGAAACCCGAUUUUUGGGCAUUUAGUUUACAUUGUUUUUGUUAUAUUAAUUGGGAUCAUUUUGCACAAUCUGCUUAUUGGUUUAGCAGUCAAUGAUUUGCAAGCAAUUCGUGAUGAAGCGAAAUUUAUUGAUAAGAAAGAACGAUCAAAAUAUAUAACAAACGUUGAAAAUAUUAUUUUCAAAAAGUUACAAACGUCCUAUUAUUUUAAUACAAUGUUUGAAAAAUUGUUAAAUUUUUGCCGAGUGUUUGACAAUUUGGAUUAUACUCUGAAGAUUUAUUCCGACUCAAAGACAUUUUAUUUAGAAAAAAUGGGGGAAAAGUCGGUAAUUCGUGAUCAAAAUAUAAUCACAUUUCUACAAAAUAGGAUUAAAGAUGGUUCAAUUAAAAGUAAAAACACUGAAGAUUCGUACUCUUUAAAAAGCUUGCAUAAAAAGAUUGAAGAGUUAGAAAAAUUAAUCAAGAGUUUGAGCCCUUCUAAAACGGAGCAAUGAUAAUAAAUUUACUUUUGUCAAGAUUUCUUCUAGGGUGACCAUCUUGAUGUAAUACUUUUUUUGCAAUAAAAAGUUUGUUAGUUUA